AUGACCCUCAAUGAAGACCACCAGAUCCAAGGCAUUGUUUCCCUGCUAAAGUAUUUUGGUUGGACCUGGAUUGGCCUCUUUGCUGAGGAUUGUGACAAGGGAGAACAUUUUCUGAUUACCUUGGAGGCCCUGUUCUCUCAGAAUGGAAUCUGUUCAGCUUUCAUUCAAAGAGUGCCACGUCGGGAGAAACAAAGGGUGAAUGAUUGGCAUAAAAUCUUUGAUCUGAUUGAAAGACUUAAUGUCCAUAUUACACAGAGCAAUGCGAAUUCACAACCUCCGUUAACAUAUACAUGUACAGGGGAGGAAAGCAUGGAAUUCCUUCCGUCAUUAACAUUUGAAAUGGCCAUGAGUGGGCAGAGUUACAGCAUCUACAAUGCAGUCCAGGCAGUGGCCCAUGCUUUACAUUCUGCAGCCUUGUCUCAAGCCAUUCCCAGAAGAACACUGGGUGACAAAAGACUUCAGCCAUGGCAGAUGAUCCCUCAUUCAGUGUGUAGUGAAUAUUGCCAACCGGGUUAUCAGAAGAAGAAGAAGGAAGGGAAGAAAUUUUGUUGUUAUGACUGUGCUCCAUGUCCAGAAGGAAAGAUUUCAGACCAGAAAGACAUGAAUGACUGUUUCAGAUGCUCAGAAGAUCAAUAUGCAAAUGAAGACCAUACUGAAUGCAUCCCCAAAGUCAUAACUUUCCUCUCCUAUGAAGAACCUUUAGGAAUCAGCUUAGCUUCAGCUGCUCUGCUUUUCUCCCUGACCACAGUCUUUGUGCUUGGAACAUUCAUUAAGCACAGAGAUACUCCAAUUGUCAAAGCCAACAACCGGGAUCUUUCCUACACUCUCCUUGUCUCCCUUCUGCUCUGUUUCCUCUGCCCUGUGCUGUUCCUUGGUAAGCCAAAGAGAGUCACCUGCCUUCUACAACAGCCAACUUUUGGCAUGACUUUCUCAAUGGCCAUUUCUUGUGUCUUGGCCAAAACCAUCACUGUGGUGGUGGCUUUCAUGGCAACAAGACUAGGAUCCAACAUGAAGAAAUGGGUGGGAAAAAGACUAGCCAGCUCCGUUGUUCUAUGCUGUUUUUUCAUUCAAGCAAUUAUUUGUGUUGGGUGGAUAACAAUCUUUCCCCCAUUCCCAGAUCUGGACAAACAUUCAUUCACCAAAUAUAUCAUUGUAGAAUGUAAUGAAGACCCCAUUGUGAUGUUUUUCCUUGUCUUUGGAUACAUGGGUCUUCUUUCCCUUAUCAGUUUUGUGAUGGCCUUCCUAGCUAGGAACCUUCCAGAGAGUUUCAAUGAAGCCAAGUUCAUCACCUUCAGCAUGCUGGUGUUUUGCAGCAUCUGGUUAGCUUUCCUCCCAGCCUACCUGAGCACCAAAGAAAAAGAGAAGCUUGCUGUGGAGAUCUUCUCCAUCUUGGCCUCCAGUGCCAGCUUACUCGGUUGCAUCUUUGUCCCAAAAUGUUAUAUUAUUCUGUUUAAGCCAGAGUUGAACAGCAAAGAACAGUUGACAAAGAGGAAAAAUUAA